UCGGGCCGGAAUUGGCUUCGUUACCGUUUCUCACGUACUUGUAACGGUUCUAUGACGCUGUCAACACGGAUUUAAAUCGCAAACCUUUAGCGCAAAUAAAAACAAUGACAAACGGAACAAAAACAGGAACCACACCCCGGAACAAAAAGCAGCAUUAGCGGACUUUCCGCCAGGCUGCCAAGUCCAAUCCGCCUCUCUGCGUUCCUUCAGAGCGCCCAACGUCAGAGCCAUGCCAGUGGAGAGCAGCAGCAGCUCCGGCUCCCGCCAGGCCAAGCAGAAGAGGAAGUCCCACAGCCUGUCCAUCCGCCGGACCAACAGCACGGAGCAGGACCGCUCGGGCCUGCAGAGGGAGCUGCUGGAGGGACAGGACUCCAAACUGCCACUGUCCCUGAGGACCAACCUGUUGGAUCUGUUCAGUCAGAUCGAGAGAGAGUUCGAAAACCUUUACCUGGAAAAUAUUGAACUCCGCAGAGAAAUCGAAUCCCUGAACGAUCGCUUGGCUGCAGACGGACAAGCUGUCGAAGGAGCAGAUUUAGCUAAAGGAGCUCUGAAAACGAAAGCGAGCCACAGCACCAGCCAGCUGUCUCAGAAACUGAAAACAACCUACAAGGCGUCCACAAGCAAGAUUGUGUCCAGCUUCAAAGCGACCACAUCCAGAGCGGUUUGCCAGCUGGUGAAGGAGUAUGUCGGCCACAGGGACGGCAUCUGGGACCUGAGCGCCACGCGGGCCCAGCCUGUGGUGCUCGGCACCGCGUCCGCAGACCACACUGCCAUGCUGUGGAGCAUUGAGACCGGAAAGUGCCUCCUCAAGUACCUGGGUCACCAGGGAUCAGUUAACUCCAUUAAGUUCCACCCCAGUGAACAGAUGGCUCUGACUGCCUCUGGAGAUCAGACGGCUCACAUCUGGAGGUACCUGGUGCAGCUUCCCACUCCUCAGCCCGUCGCUGACACCACUACGCCCUGUGAAGACGAUGUGGACUCUUCGGAUAAAGACGACGGCGACGGCGACGCGGAGGGCCCGAACGACUGCCCUUCGGUCCGCGUACCGACCACGACGCUGCGCAGCCAUCAGGGCGUGGUGAUCGCUGCCGAUUGGCUGGUGGGGGGCAAACAGGUGGUGACGGCCUCCUGGGACCGAGCCGCCAACCUGUACGACGUGGAGACCUCGGAGUUAGUCCACUCGCUCACUGGUCACGAUCAGGAGCUGACCCACUGCUGCACCCACCCCAACCAACGCCUGGUGGUCACUUCCUCCAGAGACACCACCUUCAGGCUGUGGGACUUCAGAGACCCGUCCAUCCACUCCGUCAACGUCUUCCAGGGACACACAGACACGGUGACGUCAGCUGUCUUCACCGUGGGAGACAACGUGGUGUCGGGCAGCGACGACCGCACCGUCAAAGUGUGGGACCUGAAGAACAUGCGGUCGCCCAUAGCAACCAUUCGCACCGACUCUGCUGUCAACAGGAUCAGCGUGUCGGUGAACCAGAAGAUCAUCGCCCUUCCUCACGACAAUCGGCAGGUCCGACUGUUCGACAUGUCCGGAGUGCGGCUGGCUCGGCUGCCGCGGAGCAACAGGCAGGGUCACCGUCGGAUGGUUUGCUGCUCCGCCUGGUGUGAGGACAACACCGCCUGCAACCUGUUCACCUGCGGCUUCGACAGGCAGGCCAUCGGCUGGAACAUCAACAUCCCGGCUCUGCUGCAGGAGAAAUAAAAUCCUCCUCUUCUCCUUCUUCUUCUUCUUGUUCUUCACGUUGUUAGCACACAGUGAAACCUCACCCACAGCGUGUGUUUGUGUCUCGACAGAUGUAAGCAGUUUAGUUUAGAUGUUAGAGUGACUCCAUGGAGUCGGCCUUUAAAGCCUUAGGAUUGUUGAAGUUCCUCAGAUCAGACUUUCUCCAGGUUGAGGGGCUUGAAAAUCAUCUGUCUCACUUUCCGUCACUAUUAGCAACAAAGGCAAACCUCUGAACCACUCACUGAUGAAAGCACAAACAAUGUACAGAAGCUCCUGCUUACUGCAAGUUAACAUGUUUCUCUGCUGCUUCCUGCUGCUUUUAGCUCCAAAACUCCAGAUCUAAUGUUUGCUUCAGGUGGCAGAUUAAAGGAAACAUCUGUGAAUUUUCUGGUUUGGUGUUGCACAUAAUCCUUGUUAUCUCUUAAGUUUUUUUCUGUAUAAAUUUAGAGCCAUGUUUUCCUCUUGCAGACAGACAGAAGGUAGGUCAGAUCAGCAACAGAUUUCUGAUUAUUUAGGCAGUUUUCUCUUCAGAGGUUCUCAAUCUCUGCAGAAACUUUAUGCACCUUGUUUUUGUUUGUUUAAAAUAAUGUCUGUUACAGAUUUUAUUUUUUAAGGGAAAAUUCUUUACUGUUUAACUUGUGGUCAUAGAUUGACUAUGGAUGAGUUGUUUCCUGAUGUGCAAAAGUAUUCAUAUCCCUAAACUUAUUAAAACCUUCAACUACAA